UUGAUUGUAUACACCUGUGUCCAUGGAGGGGAUUGGAACACCUGAAUCACAUGAUAGGGAGGGGAUUGGAACACCUGAAUCACAUGAUUGGGAGGGGAUUGGAACACCUGAAUCACAUGAUAUGGAGGGGAUUGGAACACCUGAAUCACAUGAUUGGGAGGGGAUUGGAACACCUGAAUCACAUGAUAUAGAGGGGAUUGGAACACCUGAAUCACAUGAUUGGGAGGGGAUUGGAACACCUGAAUCACAUGAUUUGGAGGGGAUUGGAACACCUGAAUCACAUGAUUUGGAGGGGAUUGGAACACCUGAAUCACAUGAUUGGGAGGGGAUUGGAUCACCUGAAUCACAAGAUUGGGAGGGCGGGGUCAAUGCUUGGGGCAAUAUAGUGUCCCUCUAU